AUGGAGUGUGGCGAUGCACCUGCUGAUAGUCCUUCUUUUUCGGACGAUGAAGCAGAUUACGAUUAUGAUGACUUUUACUGUAAUGGAGAAAAUUGUGGAAUGGAGAUAUUUGAAAGAGAAGAUCCGGAAUACAUUGAAUAUGCAUGUCUAAAAGUUCCGGAGGUCGAACGUCUCUUGAAGGAAACUGUGGAUCAUGUCGUUUCAACUUUGAAUGUAUCAUCUUCACUUGCCAAAAUCCUCUUGCAUUUUUACAAGUGGGACGACUCCACUUUAAUCCAGUUGUACCGCGUUGAUCCUUGUAAAGUUCUAGUCGAUUGCUUUGUGUGCGCUGGUUCUUCAAAGCAACAGCCAGACACUAUGAGCUGUGUGGUUUGUACGAGGUUACAAGACGAAUGUACCAAAAUGUAUGCAUUGGAUUGUGGGCACAGCUUUUGUUCAGCAUGUUGGAUGGAAUAUAUCGAAACACAGCUUUGUAAUGGCUUAUCAAUCACGAUUGGUUGUAUGGCAAGCGGGUGUACAUUACUGUGUUUAGAAGAUUUUGUACUAAGGAUAUUGAGCGAACGCACAGAAAUAAGACAUAAAUAUGAAAGGUUGAUAUUCAAAGAUUGUGUAGAAUCACAUCCACAGUUGCGAUUUUGUCCGGGUAUUGAUUGUCAUGUCGUUAUCAAGGCACAGUGCCAAAAGGCCAAGAAAGUUACUUGUACCAGUUGCCGAAUUUCUUUUUGUUUUCAAUGCGGUUGUGAUUACCACGCACCGACCUCCUGCGAAACAAUACGCAAAUGGUUAACAAAGUGUGCUGAUGACAGUGAAACUGCAAAUUAUAUAAGUGCACAUACAAAAGAUUGUCCCAAUUGCCAUUCAUGUAUCGAAAAAAACGGCGGAUGCAAUCAUAUGCAGUGCGCCAAGUGCAAAUAUCACUUUUGUUGGAUGUGUUUUGGAGACUGGAAGAACCAUGGAAGCGAAUAUUAUGAAUGUAGUCGCUAUAAAGAGAACCCAUCUAUAGCCCAGGAAGCAAAUCAUGUCAAAGCCCGUCGUGCACUUGAAAAAUAUCUACAUUAUUAUGAGCGUUAUGAAAAUCAUCACAAAUCCUUAAAGAUGGAAGAGAAUUUGCGGAAUUGUAUAAUGAAAAAAAUCGAUGAGAAAGUGAAUGGGUAUGAAGGGACAUGGAUUGAUUGGCAGUACUUGCAUAGAGCAGCCACAUUACUUACAAAAUGUCGUUACACGCUGCAGUACACUUAUCCAUAUGCAUAUUAUAUGGAAAAUGGACCAAGAAAACAGCUGUUCGAAUAUCAGCAAGCUCAGCUAGAAAAAGAGAUUGAAGAGUUGUCCUGGAAAGUCGAGAGAGCAGAAAGUACAGAACGAGGUGAUUUGGAAACACAAAUGCAUGUAGCGGAAUGUAAACGACGUACACUUCUACAAGAUUUCUUCGACUGA